AUGUCUAUCGACGAAAGAUUUCAAGCAGCUGUAAAUAUUGUUCAAAAGCUGCCUAAAGAAGGUCCAUUGAAAACAACAAACGAUCAAAAGCUACUUUUUUACUCAUUAUAUAAGCAAGCAUGCAAUGGAAGAAUAAACUCACCGCAGCCGUCAAUCUUCAAUUUUGUUGAAAGGGCAAAAUGGAAUUCAUGGAAUGAGCUCGGAGAUAUGGCUCAAAACGAUGCAAAAAUUAAAUACAUUGAAGCAUUGCAAAAUAUUUUCGAUGAGGCUGCUGGAACGAUAAAUAUUUUGGAAUGGUUGACAAAUACUAUCAAUGAUCCUAAUUUAUCAAAAAAUUUUGAGCUAAUCGGAAGAUCUGUAAAGUAA